GAAUGAGGUUAGAAGGAUGUACGGAAGCUUGAAUGGAUAUGAGCUACAUUUCAACUGAUGUUUUUCCUUGAGCUACUCAGCGAGCUGUAAUCAUAGUUAUUACAAUGCUCAGCCAUUUAUAAUGGACGAAGUCAUAGUAUUAUUAGCUCUUGUUACGGUAUAAUAAUAAACUUUGUGAGUGUUUUGUGUGCUGUGACAAUGUUGAGGUGUUUUCUUUUUGCUUACCAUAAUUUAAAGGAGGAGGAUUAUUGUCAUAUGCCUCUAGGAGACUCGUCGGUGCGGACAUUUCGUAAGCCCGACGCUGCAGCUAUCUUAUCAAGAUCUAAGCCCUCGUCGACUUUAUCUGAAUCUCUGCCAACCGUUCAACCUAAAAUCGCAAGACAUAUCGAAAAACAGGAGGUUUUCCGUAAGGCGGCAGAUUUGUUCUCGGCGCACCAGGGACCAGAAUUUGCGGACCGUUACACUCGAUUCACCAGGUCAUUGUCCAAAGUCUCCGACACGCCCGGACACAGAACAGAUAUGAGUCGCAUGGGGAUGUGCGGCAACACUAAUCUUUCGGGAUUUACAGGUGGAUGGAAUUUUGGUAGUGGUGAACCUGAUAGUUUUAUCAAUAAACCACCGAGUGGUUGGCUUCAUUCAGAACAAGAAGUCAGAAAAAGCGGUGUAUGCUACGAAUUACGAUAUGUUGGUUGUCUUGAAGUGAACACAUCCAUGAAGAGCUUGGACUUUGACACCAGGUCACAGAUAGCCAAGGAGUGUAUUAACAGAGUUUGUGAAGCUGCUGGUCUUAAAACAAGUGAUAAGAAGAGAAAAGUGGAUAAACGAAUAAGCAGGAUGUUAUCACAAAGACCAAACUUGGAUUAUGCUGGAUCAAAUGUCAACCUAAUAAUCACCAGUUCCUGUCUCAGCCUAAUAGUAAUAGAAUCUGGAGAGGAUACAUUAGAUUCCAUUGCAUACGUUGCUAAAGAUCAGCAAUAUGGCCGAGCUUGUUUUGUACUUGAAUGUGGGGGUAGUUUGUCUCAAGAAGUCAUUACAACCAUAGGUCAAGCUUUUGAGAUGAGAUUGAAAGAAUUUCUCCAAAAAACGACUUAUGCCACAAACUCGUCAGAAAGUCACAAAAUGGAGAAUCCUGCCUUCAGUAGGAGCCAGUCAUUUAGGGCAGAUGACCCAGAAUACUAUAAUGAUAUACCAGGAAAGAUUCCUCCAGAGGAGCCACCUCUAGUUCCACCCUUACCUGAUUACCAUGCAGCUGCACACAACGGUGGAGAAACUGAAAUACAUUGUACAACAGUUAAGCAAUCAUUGUCAUCCUUUGCUUCAAAAUCUUCAGCAAGCAAUUCAACUCAAGCUAUGGUGUUAAAACAGAAAGGGAGCACUUUAUUGGAUAAAGUGAUAGAUUUGGAUCAUGAAGGAGUUCCCACUAAUCAUCUAAAACAACCUGAGCCAGAAUAUGUGAAUACCACAAAAAGUUCAGAUAAUAAAGAUACAGGUGACUUAGCUUUGGUUUGUAUCAGUCAGCCAUCAACUUCACUUUCACCCUUGCUUCAAGAACCUCCUGUGUCCAAAGCUCCCUUUGACAUGCGGUCAUUUGAACAUAACCUUUCAUCAAAUCAGCACCCUUUCCCACCAUCUACUUCUUGUCAUGGACCCUUAGUUUCUAAUAAAACUACUGUCCAUUCACCAUUAAAGUCAGUCUCACCUUCCAACCUUAAAACAGUUCUCCAGCAGGAGGAAUGGUUUCAUGGGCCAGUCAGUCGUAAAGAUAGUGAAGCCCUGGUAGUUCAUGAUGGAGAUUUUCUUGUACGAGAGUCUCAAGGGUCACCAGAUCAGUAUGUUUUAACAGGCAUGAAAAGUGGCCAGAGAAAACAAUUAUUACUGGUGGAUCCUGAAGGGGUGGUAAGAACAAAGGACAGGACUUUUGAGAGCGUUAGCCACUUGAUUCAUUAUCAUCAUAACAAUAGUCUUCCAAUUAUCUCUGCAGAGAGUGCCCUUUUUUUGAGAACUGCAAUCCCCAGAACCUUGAAAUGAUGUUUUCUGAAUAUUCAAGAUCAUGUUGAUGUGACUUGAUGAAUGGUCUUAGUUAAACCAAAUGAACAAAAUUUUACCCAUCCAGACAGUGAUUGGGUUUUAAAAAGUUAAUGAACAGACAGAGCUUAACACAGUAGUAUUAAAUUAAGUUGUUUUUAAAGUAAAAAAGUUUUAUUUUGUUACUUUAUGAAAUAAACUUCUUUUAAAUGGGUAUUUAGGUGAUAUAUAGUUAAGGCUUCCUAUAAUAUAUUUAUUUUGUCUUGUUAGAAAUAAGUAUUUAAAUCUGUAAAGAAAAAAAAAAGAAGUUAUGAAUUGAAUUCAUAAUAUAAUAGCAGGUCAUAUGCUUGUACAAGAUACGAUAAAUUAUUGUUUUGGACUUAUUUUCAUAAAUUUAAAAUGUCAUAGAAGCUGCUGCCAUGUUUUGUGGUAUUUAUUGAGUACAAAAAAAAAAGAGCUAAGGCUUUGUUCAUAAAUUUUUCUAUGUUGUUUAAAGCUUUAGCUGUAUUUUGCUAAGGAAUUUACUACUAAGAUGAUUUUAAGAGAUUAUUUUUAAUGCAGUACUUUUAAAGAGUCUUAUUCCUGUAUGUUGCAUCUGUUUUUAUUUGUGGACCACAGUGGAAUCUGUAUACUAUGCUGCCACUUCCAUUCCAUAAUUAUGCAAACUUUCCACAGACCAUCUGAAGGGAACUCACAGACCAUAAGUGAUCUGUGGACCACAGACUGAGAACUGUUGUGUUAGGGAUAUGAUGUCAAAAACAAAAAGGGCUGAUAAAUGACAUUUUUAUCAUGUUUGGACUUAUAGAUGAAAUAUGUAAUGACUGAUGUAAAUUAAAUUAUUAUAUGCUGCAUUUUUUCUUAAUACAUGUAAACUGUUACCUUAGAAAUAUUUUUAAGCUUGGAUGUUAGUUGUUUAGCCUAACUUUAACAAAAAUAUAUACAUAAAGUAAAAUUUUGAGCUUGUAAAAUAAACUAUAAAAUUUUAAUUACAUGCACACCAUUGUAUCUGGCAUACAAUUUGAUAUAACUUUAGUUUAAACUGGAUGAGUGAACAAAUACAAAUAACAUAGAAGAUUGAGUUGUUUUCCACAAAACAGAAAUAAGUUCCUGUAUGUAUGUAUGAAUUUUGUUCAUGUUUGUUAUAAUUUUUUCACAGUUUAAAUGGCAACAGGCAUUUGAGAGUGUUUUAAAUACAUUUCCUUUCUUUUCUUUUGAUUGUGCAAUUAGUUUUAACUGGAAGGUCCACGCUUAGAACAGCACUAUAUGAAAAAAUUCCUAGAUCUUGUUUGAAUAAUUAUCUUGUUUUAUUGACAACAAUGUGUGGUAAAAAAUAACAUAAUCAGUUUAAAAAUUAUGAUAUUACAUGUCAUGAAAUUAUAACAUGCAAAAAGCUCAACCGUUUAUCACUGCAAAUUGUUUAAUUGUGCCUUGUUUAAUUGUCUUACCUUUUUAAGACUAUGAAGAAUCAGAGUUUGGGUUGCUUUAUUACAUUUACUGUGAUUUACAAGAGAACUUAACUGAUUAUAUAUUUAAACCAUUUGUUAUAGUUUUAUGACAUUAUAUGAACAUUGAUAUUUGGCUGUGUUUCUGUAUGGCAGAUUGAACUAGACUAGGAUAUCUUAUCCUCUUAAGUUUUGAGUCAUGUAUCAGAGUGUUGCUGUUUACUCCCAAUGUUUUGGUUGUAGAAAAGCAUCUGAAGUUAAAUAAUUUUUAUUCACUGGGCUAAAAUGAAGAUUUUCCUUAUCUAAGAUUGCUAAAAUAUGACAAAAUUAGUCAGUAUUUGUUUUACAAAACAAUAUGUGCAAUAAAUUAUUAAUUUUUGUUUAAUUUUUAUAACAUUGUAGUGAAAAAAAGUAUAAUGCUUUCAAAUUUAGUUCUGAGUAACUUGUAAAGAGCAGAUAAAAAGUAACUUGUAGAGAGCAGAUAAAAAGUGAAAAAAUUGGUUAGCACUAAAGCCAUAUGUUAAAGAAUAAUUCCUAAUAAAAUAUAAUUUUUUUGGUUUCUUUCUUUUCAUGUAAUUGUUAAUCUUUUUUUUAUCACCUUGAUGUCAUAGCUUUAAUGGAAUUUGUAUACCUUACUGAAGUAAAUAUGUCUGAUCCAGAAAUA